AUGGUUGGGAUACCCCCGUACUCCGACGCGGACAUAUUGGAGACGAUUCGAGAUGGGUUGAUCGUUCGCUUCGUGCAAGUUGCUGCAGGGGCACUUUUCGCCCACGACGUUCUUCUCAGCUUAGAUGUCGAAUUCAAGUACAUAUGGGCCGCCCUCAAUCCUCGAAAACGGCCGAUCAAAAUAGCAGCGGUGGCGUUCAACCUGAUGUACCUUGUACAGAGGUAUCUACCGUUGUGGGAUCGCAUUAUUUUGGAUACAUAUUACAUCCUGGGCCCGUCCGACACGAAAACAUGUGAGAUCACUUAUAAGAUGAGCGCAUGGAGUACGAUUAUGGGGAUCCUCCUUUCGGAAUUCAUCCUUGUAAUGCGGAUAUGGGCUGUUUGGCUGAACAAACCUUCCGUUAGGGCUAUGUUGGUCGCAUUGAAGCUGGCAUGCUUGAUUCCUGCACUACUUUUCUUCUUGAAAUUUGUAGGAGGGAUUCAAUGUCCCCAACUACCCAUAUCUGGCAUGGUAAACCUUCCAGGGUGUUUUUGUUCGGCAAAAAAUAAGGACCUUUACGGUAUGAGGAGGCUAAAGUUCUUUGAAGCCUGUUUCGUACUGAUGGCUAUACCUGGGUUCAAAGCCUAUCAGAGAGGCGGCAGAUCAAAUCUCAUGAAGGUUGUUUAUCAGGAUGGUGAGCCAAAGAUUACAAUGGACUCAACUGCAGCGCUCAAGAUCACACCAUGUUCAGGCGUCAUUUACUACGCGUCCAUCUUCAGUGAGGCCAACUUUCGUCUAAAGGGAUACCAGAAACUCAGUACUCUGAGCAGUGGUGUCGUUGGUCAACGUUGUGGUCAUUCUCCAACUGCCGGUGACUAG